AUGCGUGUUCAUCCCAUCGUGGCUUUUCUCAUAGCCACUUUGGCGACCUGUGUGUUCGCCAGGAUUCAUGGCGCUGCUCCUGUGUAUACGGCUUCGAUUGAACAAUCCCAAGAAGGCACCGAGUCUCGAUUAAACACCCGCGAUGCGCCUAACAACUUGGACUAUCGCUGUGGUCCCAAGAUCGGCAAAUGUCCUGUGGGUACAUGCUGCUCCGGAGCCGGGUUCUGCGGCACAUCCAAGGCACACUGUCGCUCCCCAGACUGCAAGAUCGACUAUGGCAAAUGCGACGCUCAUCGAACACCCAAUGGACCCCCAACUAAAGAAAUCCCCCGUCCACGUGUUGGUAAAGUUCCAUAUGCUCCUCGUGAGAUUCGUUCAUGCGCUAUUCCCGGAACUGUUGCGUUAACAUUCGAUGAUGGACCAACCCGUUACACGGGCGAUUUGCUCGAUCUGCUAGAUAGAUACGAUGCAAAGGCAACCUUCUUCAUUACUGGAAUUAACAAUGGAAAGGGUCCGAUCGAUGACCUCUCGUUGCCUUGGGCUUCGCUGAUCGAGCGCAUGCACUCGAGCGGCCACCAAAUUGCCAGUCACACAUGGUCGCAUGAGGACCUUAGCGUGAUCACACCCUCGCAACGCGCUGAUCAAAUCGAGAAGAAUGAAGCAGCGCUGCGCAAUAUUCUCGGAUACUUCCCUACUUACAUGCGGCCACCCUAUUCCAGCUGCAGCCCUGACACGAAUUGUGGAAACGAGCUGGGUGAGCGUGGGUAUCACAUCAUUUUGUACGAUAUUGACACGGAUGACUAUAAGAAUGAUAGCCCAGAUCUGAUUCAGCGGUCCAAGGACAUUUUUGAUCACCAGGUUCUUAAAAGCGAUCCACUCACCAAAUCUUGGCUUGUCAUUGCCCAUGAUGCCCAUGAACAAACUGUCCACAACCUUACUGAGCACAUGCUCCAGGGAAUCAAAAGUCAAGGCUAUCGCGCUGUCACUGUCGGUGACUGCCUCCGAGAUCCAAGGGCUCUUUGGUACCGCAAGGAUACCCGGAUGCCAGCUCGCAAGAGAAAGCCAAAGAAGAGCGCUUCGGCAGAUCCCAACAAGCCAAUCUCCUGGGACGGCUCCUGUGGUUCUAAUUACACUUGUCUCGGGUCUAAGUUUGGCUUUUGUUGUGACAGUACGAACUCGUGCGGCAACACUACUCGCCAUUGUGGAAAUGGCUGCCAAAGGGAUGCCGGGUAUUGCUCCGUCCAAGCUCCUUUCAAUGGGGAUGCCUGGGAUCCACAGGUUUCCAAACCGAAGGAGCACAAAUCGGAGGCGGAUUCUGAUCUCCGCAAGAUUGGUACCGCGGCUGCAACGGCGUUGUUCCUUGCUUUGCUUGUCGCGAUGUGGUUGUGA